AGUCGUUUGACACUCUGGAACCCAGCGGCCUAAAAAGCAAAUGACAUUGCGGGGUUCAAUUCCAGUCCCCAUGCAAGAACCAAAAGCCCAAGCUCAUCAUAAAACUUCAAUUUUUUCACUGCGGCUUGAGGCGCCAACUCCUCGCGCCAAUAGCAUCGUUCCCGCCGAAUUCUGCCCGCCCCUGGCGAACUUGUAUAUAAUCCCUACCUACCCAAACCCAUGCUUCAUCUCACUAAAUCUUCUUACUUUGCUUCUUCAUUCUCUUACUUUUCUCCAGAUUCUCUAUUGCCAACAAUGGUGGUCUCUCUUGGUCCCGGCAAAUUCUACGGCACCAGCCUUCCUCGGCCACGGAUCUACAACGACGUCAAAUUUAACGAUCACCGGGUUGAUCCUCCAGUACCAGUUGCUGAUCCGUUUAUGUCCUGGGCCAACGAAGCUCACUGGUCCAUGGGAGGUCUCAGCCUCAAGCGCUUACGCCUCCAGGGAAAGAUCGAGGGCAACGUCAACAAGCUCCGUGCUGAACGUGAAAAGCUCUUCAAGAAGCUGAAUCGCAGCCCUGUUGCCGCAUCGAUUCCUUUUGGACCCAAAAGCGAGAACGUCGUCGGUGGUAAAAGAGCAUCCCCGGUUUCACCACCACCGGCUCCCGUCCCGGCAAAGCGACGAAGAUUCCUGGCUAUGAUUGAGGAGGAUAACGGGGGAGGGGGAAAUUCCAGGGGAGGGGGAGGUUGAAACAG